GAGUAUUUCCGGGUCAUGUUUGAGGCGGUCCAAACAAAUGGUUGAGGAAGGUUUUGGAAAAUCAUGAAAGUGUUGUACCAGUUAAGUUGUGUAUUAAUCUGUGUGUAAUGAAAAUGUAAUCGCGAUAACAUCGUGAUGUGAAGUGAACAGACAAGCAGCUGCUGAAGGGUGAGUGGUUGACAUGGUCAUCAUGACUGCAUGUCACAGAAUGGAGCCCAGCCCUUACAGCUACAGCCCUUCUGGAGCCAGGAGCAGGGGCUAUGAACCUGUAUCUGAAUAUGAACCUCUGAACUAUCCAAAAGAAUUACACACUAGGUUUGCAUAUAAUGAAGACAUUCUGGGCGAUUUUAUGCCUCUUGUAUCUGCACCAGUACCAUCUGUAAAGCCAGCAUCUCUAUAUGGGGGUCAGAUUGACCCUACACUUUGUGUCACUCCAGAUAAGUCACGUUAUCGUGUUGCUACAGGAAAGCACAACUUGCCUUCCCAUAGAACAUCAGUUUGCCAAGCUCUUCCCAACCCUGAUCCACGUUUGUGCCUUACCCCACAGUCCAUCACUGCAACAUCACAACUGAGACAUGGUGCAACACGCUCAGAUAUUGGUGUGACUCCUGCUGCACCUACAGUCUUGAUCCCGGAUCCACUUCUGACCGUGACGCCAGAACAUAAUAUAGCUAUCAUUUCAAAAGCUAAAAGUAGUUUGAGGACUGAAAGAAAUGACACAGAGGCAAAAAGUAAACUGAAAUAUAAAGUAAGAUUUGAUAUCGAUGCUGCUGACAGUGACGACACACAUGAUAAAAGCUAUGCCACAGAUGUUAUAACAAAUAAGGAGACAGGUUUAGGAAAGACUAUAAGCAGUAAAGUGUACAGGCCUGAUUUGUAUUUUGAAGCUGACAAACCAGAGGCAGAUUUUUAUGAAACAUUAACACAACCAAAAGCUAACACGCACCGAUGCCCCUCAUCAGACACAGCUUGUGCUGAUGGAGCAGUCGAUGUGAAUUCUGACGUAAGUGUUGGCAAAGAUUUUGGUUAUCCCAAGGUGAAAAAUGAAUCAAAGGGUAUAAGGAAGCCUGACAAAAGUGCAUGUGAAGGCUGUGAAAGACCAAGCUUCAUCAUUCCCAGCUCUGAUAAAGGUCCGUCAAAGAGGAAGGUUGUUGUCACACGGGAACUACAAGAGCGUCCUAUUGUCACAGAGUAUCAAUACCCCUUUGAUGCAGAAGACAGCGAAUCAGACAUGGAACAUGUGUUUUCACGUCCCGAGUAUAAUAACUCAUUGAAAGUUUAUAGUGAAAUGAAAAAAGUGGAUGGACUGGUUCCUGAUGUGGCAUCUGCUGUCCUGGAACACCUACAGCAGGAGAAGUGGACAGAGAUCAGCGAGAAGGCAGCAUCCAAGGUGAACCUGUGUUUCAAAUCCAGUCAGUUUAAUGGUCUCGUUGGCCUUGAAGCAUCUACUGAAGAUCUGCAGCAGAAAACUGAAAGGGAGAUAACUCUGAAGGGGAAAACUGUCUUGUAUCAAAGUCGUAAGCCGUCAAGUCAACGAGAGCCGGAUUUGCUGGAAUUCUUGAGCCAUGAUCUUCAGAAGGAGGCUCCAGACCUGAAGCUGCUUGGGAUGACAGACCCAUCAGAGCAUUUGUCCACUGCACCACAGCUGCUGGCCUUCGACCUCUAUCGACACAAUAGGGCAUGGGAGGGGAGCCACUAGCUAGCCAAAGCUUUGUUGUCUGCAACAGGAAGGGCUCAUGGAUUUAAUAAUACUACUAGAAUUGAUAUAUUUUGCCUAUUCCAAAACUUAUAUUCAUUUGUAAAGAUUCAUGAGGAAUGGAAAGUAAUGGUCUUUCGAGAUAUUACGUACAAUGUUUUUUCUAGCCAGACAUCUUGCACACAAAGCAAUGAAGGGGCAUGUCCUUUGUUCAUUACCUUUGUGAUUUGGCCAAUACAAAUUACAGGGCCAUUAUGUAAAUUGUACAUGGAAAUAAAAACCUUACACCACAUUUCAA